AUGACUCUAACGCGCGGCACACGACAAUAUGACAUUGGAAUUUCCGACUCUUCGGAAAUUUACCCCUUUGACGACAUCAAACUCGUUCCGCAUGCUAGAGUGGAGCUUUACAAGAACCCGACAAAGACGGUUGAGGUCACCGUGAUCAUGGAGAAUCUCGACAAUGGCGAUGGCUACGCUCUCCUAAACAACAUCACCUAUAUAGCUCCCAAGGUACCGACAUUAUAUACCGUCAAGUAUGCUGGGGAUCUAGCAACUGAUUCAACUGUCUACAGGGACUACACCCAUUCCAUCGUGCUCGAACAAGAUGAGGUAGUCGAGGUCAUUCUCAGUAACCAGGACACCGCUUACGGCGCCAAUUUUUACGAUUACGAUGCCGGAACAGACUUCGCGACCUUUAAUCCUUCCAACCAUACCGCGUUCCCAACAUACCCUGCCCGACGGGAUACCUUCGUCCUUCCUCCUGGUGGAUACUAUGUAAUCCGCUUCGUUGCCAAUAACCCGGGGCCUUGCGAUGACGUUUAUGGAAGAUCCCACGACAAUCCAGGACCAGUUCAGUCUCUCGCAAAACCGGAUGGAUGUCUGCGAGGCUGCGGGUAUGAGCUGGGAAGUAAUGCUGCGGAAAACACCGAGGAUGACUUGGAUCUGAAAGGACAGAAUAAACCUCCUGGCUUCAUUCCUGCAGGCUUUACUACCCGUGGUAUUGUGGCUCUUGUCUUCUCAUGUAUCUGUGCGGUUGUUGACAUGAUCUCUAUCUCGAUAUAUGGAAUCUCUGAUUUGAAGUUUACGAUGCACGAAUCAGGCUUGGGUGAUUAUGGUGCUGUCGGAGGAGAAUCUGCGCGACGAUACCGAGACUGA